AUGUUCUCCUUCAGCUAUUUCUUCGCUUAUCUGGUUGAGAUUGAACCCAGAGUCGUUCGCUACAAACUCGACUGCUACGUGGAUAUCAUAGCGCUAUUGGGAUAUUUCACUGGAACAUCGCGAGCAGUGAAAAGGAUUUAUUACGAAGAAACGUGUCAGGGUCGAGAUCGACUCAAGCAGCAAGCCGAAGGAAAGUCUCGAAGAAUGUCAAGUUCUCGCCGACGGGAUACCCCGAAAUUCUGGAAAGCUUACCUGAAAAAUCUGCCAAUGAUAUCCGCUCCUAUCGUUGCGUCUCUCUUCGUUCACGUCCUGAGCCGACAGCGGAUCGUUGAUAGCGACACCACCGUACUCACUUGCUUCGUUGUCGGGGCCAUCGUCUUCAAACUGGCAAUACAGGAGGCUGCAAAACAUUACGUUCUCAAGCAACGCGUACGCAGUGUCCGUACGAUGUGCGUACUCGUGGGCAUACCGACAGUGUUGAUUGAUACGCAGACGCGCAUCGUCAUUCUAGGGACCAACAGCACUACAACGGCGUCAUUGGGCGCCCUUGGGAUGGCUUUGGUCGAGAUUAGUUUACGCGCCGUCAAAGCUGUGGUAGUCAUGUGGAGUAUUCGACCACGCAAAGCCAGAGUUCUACCUGAAGAGCUGAGUGCAGUACCUCAGGCUGUGCCUCACGAAGCCGCUCUUCUGGCCCCACCAACUAGUCCUUCAGUAUCUGCCAUGCAUGUAGAGUUUGCGGUGUGGCGUCGACAAGUCCAGGCCUUCCACACGGCGGAGUUGAAUGCGGAUAUGUACGCCGAGUACAUCGCUAUCGGCUGCUCCGUGUCUAUCGUCUUCUUUUAUGGGAAUCACCAACACUAUUCGCUUCUAAGACAAUCAGAUCAUGCGAUGAGCAACGUUGAUGAGGCCGCGUGGCGUGUGAGUCAGCUGUACAUGCUGGCAUUUCAAGUCGGACUGGAGGUUCUAGUCGACUACGUGUCCAUUGUACUCGAGAUGAAGGCCGGCAUCGAGUUCGACCACGUCAAAAACCUCGGAGCCUUUCUAGCGGCGUUGUUCAUGGUGACAGCAGUGAUGAAUAUCACGAUAUCCAUAGGCGUUUACCUCAGCUGA